AAUACGGCGCCUCCGCCCUACCAUUAUGGCUGCCAGUCCCGCAAAAUGGCGGUAGGGUGGGUGGAGGACGCUCGACCUGCUCAGUAUGGCAGCAUCAUACCUCUGCAUAACAAUACGUGACCCUCCCAAGAUGGUGUAACGCAGCUCAGGUUCCCUCAGAGUAGACCUGCCGCCUGACUAUGGAGACCAAGUACGGGGAGGAGAUCGCUGAUCAGAAUCCGCUGAGCCUUUUCGAGCUAAGUGGUGCGGUAGUCAGCUCCAUCAUGGGACGAGUGGAGAAGGAAGUUUGGGCACUUCCAGGUCCAAUCCUCCAGGGUAUCUUGCCUCGGCUUAACAUCUACUAUCUGGAGCGAAUUGAGGAGACUGCUGUGAAAAAAGGGCUCUCAACCCAACCUAUAUGGUGCAAACUCUGGUUUGAGAUCAUCAAAACAAGACCGUCCAGAUUAGAGAGCAUCAAGUGUUGGAGGAAGAAGUUCCUUGAAACCUUCUUCUCAAAUGUGCUGCGUGGGAUCUUGGAUGUAUCUUCACACCAACAACUGAGCGAUCCUUGCUUUUUGCCCUUGCUAUACACGUCACGUCACGUUACCCAAUUUACCAUCUACAACAUGCUGGAGGGCGUAUCUGAGCUCAUGGCCGGACACAAUCGGAGUGUUCUAGAAAACUUGGCCGUCUCGCUCAGAGCCCUGACGUUCCGUCACCUCCUCUCCUCCAGCCUUUCUACUAGGCAACAGCUGAGUUUGUUUCUUCAUCGUCUCAUUCAUCAUGGUGCUGUGGACCAGUUGUCUAUGUACUCUUGGCCUGAUCCUGACCCAGCAGUGCUAGCUCUCAUCCUAAAAAUGAGCGCUGGGGUUUGGCACCCAGGAAAAACACCAAUGAACCCAGGAAACCUUUGCCAUCUGUGCGGAGAGAAAUCUAUUGACCAGAGUCAAAAUUUAGAUCACAAGUCUAAGCCUCUUUUCAGUUCAAGCCGACUGUUUCAUAGAUCAGCAGCUGGCCAAUGUAGUGAUGAGGAGCUGAGAAAUGAGAAAACAUUGUCCUGGAGGCCUGAAGAAUCUGUUCCAAGCCUUGAAAAUGCUGUAGAAUUGGCCAGAACCAGUAGCGAGACUCUGCAACGCCCAGCAGAUUGCAGAUUGGGUAGCAGUUCUUCCCAAAGCAGGAUGAAGCACAGCACAAGGUCAGAAAGUGAUGAUGCUGACGAGGGCUCUGUCAGUUUCUCUCCAGCAAAAACAUGUCAAGAUGGGCCUGCUACAGGAAAACCUCAAAAGAAGCGCAAGGCAGUUGCAGCAAGGAAGCGCAACUGCCGUAGGAGGGCCAGCCAAGCUGCCACAGAGUUGGACGACCUCUAUGACUUUGUCUUUGCAGUUGCGAGGGAAGAGGAGGAGGACAACCAAAGGCGGCAUGCUGAGGAGGGGAAGAGGCUUGCAAACGGUUUCCCUCUCCCAGCAGAGGCUGCUGGUGGUGCUGGUACGGUUUGCCCCGAGGGAGGCCGACUCACUGGGAUCACGUAUCUGAAAACAGCCACCUACUUCCGAAGCGUGUCCAUGCUGGAAGUCUUCUCCAUCCCUUUGACCAUGAAUAUGUGCCAGAUGCUUGGCAACCUGUUGAGCUCUUGGGUGUCUUUAGAAAAGCUUGUUCUGACUUUAAAUGGCCUCGGCCCCGGUAUCUUCAGUAUCCUCUCUGGGCUCCGGGCCCUUUCUCGUCACAGCAAUUACUGCCUCCGUGUGGUGCGGAUCAGUGACAUGUUUUCACACAUCCCCUGCAUGAAUCUUGUCCAUUCUUUUUUGAGCGCCGUUCCACUGCUUCAGACGCUCUUGGUCAGCUUUGAUCUCAAGUCCGCAACUGAGUGGAACAGGCCCGGAGAGAGCUUGGACUCAUCAUCCUUGCAGGAAGAGAUUCCAGAGAGCCAUCUGGAACAUCUCGAGAUCAGAUUUCCCAGGGAGCCUCUUCAAACAAGUCUCUUGGUGCCUGUGCUGAAAGCCUCAAGGUCUCUCCAGAGUCUCUGUUUAGACAGCGUUGCAAUUUCCUGUCCCCAGGAGGUUGGGCUUUUCCUGCAUGCACUCAAAGAAUAUAGCCCAAGACUGAAGAAGCUAAGCUUUCAUGAUGUCAACCUUUCUGGACACUCAAAAGAAGUCCUCUUUCUGCUGCAGGAUCACAUCCUCGAAGAAAUCACCUUUUCGUUUUGUCGGCUGUUUGAAAACUGUACUUCUGAGCUUCUAUCUGAAAUCAUUAAUGUUGUGAAGACCAACCCAUCAUUGAAGAGCCUCCGACUCCCUGGAAAUAGGCUGGGAAAUCACAGAUUGGUUGCACUGGCGGACAUUUUUUCUGAAGAUUCAUCCUCUGCCAUCUCUCAUCUGGAUGUAAGCUCCAAUUGCAUCAAACCCGAUGGACUCCUGGAGUUUACCAAGAAACUGGAGAGCUACACAGCCCAACGCAGAGAACAAUUCAAAUUGACCACAUUGUGCCUCUAUCAGAACUGGUUGGACCAAGAUGCUGCAACUGCUCAAGAGGCUCUCUGGCGUCUAAAAGCUAUGUGCAGCGUAGUCAGUGAUGCAUGGGACUCAUCUCAGGCCUUGGCUGACUACAUCAGUGUGAUGUAAUGAAAACUUAUGGAACAAUAGCUUAUAAUAAAGCUGCUUAGAUUUA